AUGAUCGAUCCAGCAGACAGAGGCGUGCUAAGGUGCUCUGGAUGCCAAACCCGAUGGCACGGUGUAUGUGCGCGCCCCCAACCUCCUGAUAUGAAUGAGCAUACGAUGGUCAACUGGUUAUGUGAAACCUGCGACGAUAAUGCUGCAAGGAGGCCGAUUGCCAAAAAUGACUCAGAAACUCAGAGAUUCAAUGCAAUUAUGCAACAGCUUUCUGUAAUUACUGAGUCCAUGGCAACGUGCAAUGGUCAAAUUGAAGAACUCAAAAUCCAAAUGAACUCACAGUCGCAAAUUAUUAAUAACUGUGUUACCGACAUCACGACCUUGCGAAAUGAUAAUGAAAAACUUCGUUCUAAAAUAUCGGAACUCGAAAACAAAGUAUCUGUGAACUCAAUACCUAAUGAAGAAACCCAAAGAGAACUUUUGGAACGCAUCAGAAGGGGAAAGAAUAUAUUAAUCCUGGGUGCACCGGAUGACGGAAAACGGGAAAGCGAUAUUCAGUUAGCCAAUGCCAUAGUUCAGCAUUUAUCCCCUGGAAUUACAAUUGUUAGCUGCUAUCGCAUAGGAAAACCACGCACCGACGAGAAACCGAACCCACUCAAGAUAUCUCUAAGCUCUACUGAAGACGCCAUUCAGAUAUUGAAAAACAGGAAUAAAUUAUGUCGUAAUAUGUUUCCUGACAUAGGCAUUAGAGCCGAUUUAACGCCUUCCCAGUCCACACAUUUGGACAACCUGAGGAAAGAACUACAAAGGAGAACAGCGAAUGGAGAAAGAAACCUCACAAUAAAAUAUGUUAAAAGUGUGCCCAAAAUUGUGUCAACUGAUAAUCCAACUACUUCAAAGAGAACCAGGGAAAAUGACGACUCGCCCAAACGAUCAGAUGAUUUAAUGCAAUUACAUGUAUUGUAUUAGGUAUCUAUAUGUUCGUAAUAGGAAAGAGGGCGCCUGAUUUAGGGUUUAUACUUUUUUUUUGUUUCUUGUUCUUAUUAUUUUCUUCCUACUCGCUUUUGGGAUCUAUCAUGUGAUUAUUUACUUUUUCACCACUGCAUCAAUUCGGUGGUAUAUCUGUAUUAGUCAUAAGUUUUUG